AUGAAGUUCGUCUCGUUGAUACACCUCCUGGCCUUUAUUGGCUCGGGCCAGGCCUGUGGCGGACACGGCGAGGAAAAGGAAUGGAGCAGCGAGGAAUUGGCAGAGCUGGAGGCCAAAUGGGGCCAUGAGUGGUCGUUCAAUGGCAUAGGCUCGUUUGCUCACCUCGACUAUGUCAAAUGCCUCACCAAACCCCAAGAGAAAUACGACAUUGCCAUCAUCGGAGCGCCCUUUGACAAUGCCGUCUCUUUUCGACCAGGCGCCCGAUUCGGCCCCAGGGCCAUCAGACAGGCCUCGUCUCGCCAGACUUCGCUGCGCGCAUUCAACCCUCGCGCCAACAUCAACCCCUAUCAGAACUGGGCCAAGAUUGUCGACUGCGGCGACAUUCCCAUCACGCCCUUUGACAACAACAUUGCGGUAGAGCAGAUGACGCAGGCCUUCAAGAACCUCGGCAGGGCGAACCCUGUAAGCUCCCUGAGCCAGGGCAGGCCCAAGAUCAUCACCCUCGGCGGCGACCACAGUUUGGCGCUGCCUGCGUUGAGGGCUUUGAAGGAGAUUUACGGCAGGCCAGUCCGCGUGCUUCACUUUGACGCUCACCUGGACACUUGGGAUCCUGCUGCGUACCCAUCUGCCUGGGGCUCGACGCAGUUCACCCAUGGCUCCAUGUUCUGGAUGGCAAACAAGGAGGGUCUGCUGUCAAAUUCAUCAUCCGGCCAAUCCGUCCACGCCGGUCUGCGUACGCGUCUCAGUGGCACGGACUGGGCCGAUCACGAAUCCGAUACCGCGCAGAACUGGGUUCGUUAUUCCGCUGACGAGAUUGAUGAUAUCGGUACCAGGGGAAUCACCGAUGGUAUCAUGUCAGUGCUGGGUACCGAGGAUCCCGUAUACCUGUCUGUGGACAUUGACGUGCUGGACGUUGCUUUUGCACCCGGGACCGGGACCCCUGAGCCCGGUGGCUGGACUACCAGAGAGCUCAUCAGGAUAUUGCGAGGCAUCGAGGGCUUGAACAUUGUUGGAGCCGAUGUGGUUGAGGUAAGUCCGGCCUACCAGGGCAGAGGCGAGGAGACGGCGUUGGCAGCGGCACAGGUCGUAUAUGAGAUUCUGAGCUCUAUUGUCAAGAAGGGCUUGGAGAAGGGAGCCAGAGAAAAGGCAGGGACUGGAAGGGAUGAGCUGUGA